AUGGCCAAGCAAAAUCCUCACAUCACGACAACUUCCAGUCAAGGUUUUGUAAGCAAGAAUGAUGUGUUCAGGAACAGAGCGAACAGUAGAUUCAGCAGGUGUCGUCAAGUCUUGGUCAACUCGCAAGGAGGAGUAGGCUCUAGCGCAUUCAUGGAGUUGCUACAAAAGAAUCAUGUCUUGAUGAAUUCUCCAGAAGACGUGGAUGGUUUCAAGCACAGACCGGCAGAUCAUUUCCGGCAUGACAGCGAUGGGAUCUAUCUGUUCGGAAGGUUUGCAUGCGCAUCCAAAGCUUUGGUGAUCCUGGGGGAUCCGCUCCACUCCAUCGAGAGUGUCUACCGCCGUUUCAGCGUUGAUCACAUCAACAAAUGGCGGGAGUAUGCGCAGAAGCCGCCUUACCACCGGCGCACCAGACUCGCUGACUUGUGGGCAGAGAUGCGAAUUCUGCGGCAGGACACGACUGGCUUGACCAACUACAUAAACAGCUGGUUGAGAGCAAAGAAUGAGCCGACUUGGCCUCAAUUGCGCCUUGUGACCACCAAGAGCUUGUAUGAACAUGCAGCUGAUCACGCGAAGUUCCUUGGGGUUCGCGAAGAAAAUUUGCUUCCCUUCAAGCAGUUGGCAUACAAUCCAAGGCCAUUCAGAUCUUCGGCCCCAGCAGAUGUGCAAGCAAUGUUUGGUCCUAUCAAGGUCAAGAUCGAUCAGUUGGAGGCUAGUUCUGACUCGUAA